AUGUGCUGCUGUAUCGACUGUGUUCCGUACAUACAGACCCAACCUCACCUGGAGGGUGCCUGGGAUCCCCAAAAUCAUGAUCCUUCAGGAACAAAGGCAUUUUUAGUCCUGUUGGAUCUGUAGUUACUGUAUAGAUCUGUAGUCACUAAUUGUAUACAAUAUGAUGACAGCAAUGUGUUGUUUGAAGCGUUUUCUGACUCUAUAAUCAUUUUUUUUUUUAUAAUACCAAUGUGCAAUGUAGUAGUUAGUAAUAAGCGAUAAUGACUUAAUACUAAUUAGAAUUAGUUAUCGUGUAUAAUUUGUAUUAAUGGAAAAUGAUGAAUUUAUCAUUGUUUCGAAAGUUAUAACUUUACUUUCAGUAAAAUUUACGUUCUACUGAAAAAUAAAAAAGAAACAAGAUAGAAAUGGAUAUAACCACAAUUGUAGAACCUAUGGAUGAAAGCCCUGAAAAGGUUCAAACAAGUCCUCCUAUACAAGUUGUAAGAGUACCAGUAAAGCAUGCAAAUCUUGGAAUAAGAAGUCAUGCCAUGGACAUGAGUACAAUGGUAGAACUUACUUCUUUUAGUACUCUUGGAAAAAUACAACCCUUUUUAGUUACAAUAACUACCACUGCAGCUUUGUUGGUAGAUUUGCAUUGCCAUUUAACAGACAAAGAAGUUUGUGGCUAUCUGGGUGGCCAUUGGGAUAUUAAUUCACAUAAUCUAUCUAUAACAACUGCCUUUCCAUGCAGAUACUCUGGUAAAGACAAAUCAGCUGCAGCUGCAGUUGAGAGUGAAAUUGCCAGAGCUAUGGAAUGGAAGCGUGUUACUCUAGUUGGAUGGUAUCAUUCUCAUCCUAGAUCUCAUGCUUCUCCAUCCCUUAGGGAUGUAGAUUCUCAGUUAGAUUAUCAAAUUAAAAUGAAAGGGCCUAGUGACAAUGGAUACACACCGUGUGUAGGAUUAAUAUGCUCUCCUUAUAAUACUGAUGGUAGUUGUUAUGAGUCAAACUUUAAUGUAUUUUGGUCUUUACCACCUCCCGAAAAUCGGCCCCACGAAUACCCAAGGCCGAUGCUUUUAAGUUACACCUUGUCUCAGGAACAUUUUCUCUCUCAAGACACAUUAGAAGAAAUUAGAAGAUGUAUAGAAUAUUACAAAAGUGAAGGAGGUAUUGAUUUUACUGCCAAUUUUAACAAUAAUACAACUUAUCUCGAACGUUUAAGGUCUUCACUCGCGUCCAAAUUACCUGGUCGUAAUCGAUCCAAUGGUUCUUAUUGGGAUGUCAUUAGAGAAAUGAUCUGCCCUGGUUCUGAAGAUGGAACACCUGAAUAUCUUGCCGUUAAGUUCCCGUUAGUACCACCUUCGGAAUCUCUUGUUUCUUCAGCAGUUCCACCAGGGGUUGGACUUGCACCCAACAAUGCAGCAGUCUUCCUCACACCAGUAAACUUUAAACCUGAUGGUGCCAUACUUACCCCUACAUCAAAACCUUUUGUGAUGCAACCAUCUACUUCUAGAGAUAACAUUAAGAAGGAUAAUAUUAUGAGCGCGGAUACCGCAUCAAUCACGCAACUGAAAGAUGGAAACUCUGCUACAUCGAAACAGCACGUACCAUCGUCGGAAGUAAUACCCAGCUUCCAAUCCGGGGAACUAACUGUUUCCGUGAAAAAUGCAAAAUGCGACUACGAUUAUGCACCAACCGAUUUUUCAAAAGUGGCCAAUUCCCUCGGUACGGAUACCGGUAUUAAUAAAACGCGGUCAUCCGCAUCGGAUUUUCCUUUAGCUGAUAUAACGCAGCAAAUCACAAAGUUUUCGGACUUAUCGAAAUUAGCUAAUUUCUCUACGGCAGAUCUGGCGAAGCUCUCUGGAUUCUCUAUCGCGGACUUUACAAGAACCUCAUCACCGUCACCGUCUACGUAUAUGCGUAACAUAGCGAAUUUAUUUGGUCCAAUUGGUAAAAUUUCUCCAGCAAGAGAUAUAGAAGGAAAUGAACGUAAAUCGAGCGAUUUUUCAAUGGUUGAUCCGCUGCAGUCGCAGUUUAAGCCGACUACAGGGUCUCAGGAAUCUUGUAGAAAUUUUUCUGUAACUCCGGAAGAUUAUUCAACCGACCGAAAGAAAAUGGAAGUACAAAAUGAUAAUGCAAAGCUGAAUCGAUCGAACGAGUAUCAAGGAACCGAGGAUUUAUCAAUUUCUAAAACCGAUUUCGGAGGAAUGUUGGAUAUGACAACGAUGCAUAAGAAACAACAGCAAUCGCAAGCUGUUGAUAUUGGUGAUUCGCUAAAUUUAUCAAAGGAUCGUCAAUAGGCAUGCUAUAUUAAUCAGUAUUUUACGAUUGUGAUUAUUUCUGUACGUUUUAUAUUGUAUUGUAUGUCCAAACUUGUCUCUCUAUAUAAAUAUAUUUAAUGUACUUGGUACUUUUAAGUUUGCAAUGCGCGACAUUUA